UUUGGACUUUAAAUCAGGGCCGCUUUCCGUCGCGAGGCGGGGUUUCACUUUACGGCAGCCGCAAAUGAAGGUGGGAGGCGUUUGCGACAGAAGCUGGAAAGCGGAGGAGCAGGAGGAAGCAGAAGAAGGAGCGGCGGCGGAGGGGCUCCGGCUCUGCCCACUGGCCAACUUGGACAGCGAAAUGAGGCCACCGCAGCCGCCUGUUGCCAGCAAGGUGUUUGUCCAGCGGGACUACAGCAGUGGCACCAAGUGCCAGUUCCAGACCAAGUUUCCUCCUGAGCUGGAGAAUCGGCUCGACAGGCAGCAGUUUGAAGAAACAGUACGGACACUAAAUAAUCUUUAUGCAGAAGCAGAAAAGCUUGGGAGCCAGUCGUACCUUGAAGGUUGUUUGGCCUGCUUGACAGCCUACACUAUAUUCCUGUGCAUGGAGACACACUAUGAGAAGGUCCUAAAGAAAAUUGCCAAGUAUGUUCAGGAACAAAACGAAAAGAUCUAUGCUCCGCAGGGCCUUCUCCUGACUGACCCCAUCGAAAGAGGGCUAAGAGUUAUUGAAAUUACGAUUUAUGAAGACAGAAGUGUGAGCAGUGGGAGAUAAAUCCCUGCUGCUUGAGGGUCCAGCUCCUUCGUUCCAGAUACCCCCCUCACCUCCAUUAUUGCAUCAUUCCUUUCUGCUGCUGCCAACUCCACAGUGCCAUCUGCCACAAGGACUAACUCUUCAAAGCCCUUUUCCUUGGCCAGGGGAGACCUGUGAGUUGGUCAGCAUUCAUUUUGUGUCAUUAGGACAGGCGUCGUGCGUUGGGGUUGUCUAGGUGGUCAACUCCCGUGGCAACAUAAGAAAGCCAUGAACAUAGGGCACAGGACAAAUCGGGCGUCUCCGAAAGCAGUGGGGCUCCCUCCCUGGGCAAUGGGUAUCAAUGUUUGUUCAGAGGAAAAGCAGCAUUAUGGUCUUGCUAGUUGAAUUUUUAAAGCAGGAUGUCUGUCCCCAUCCCCUGAUCAAGAAGAGCCUCAAAACCUAUGACAUCUUGUGUUGGUGAUGGAAUCAGAAAAGGGCUUCUGUUUUUAACGCGCCAUUUUUGAGAAAUUGAUCCCGUUGCUUUUGCUACAUCUUCAGAAAUAUAAAAACUGCUUGUUCCGUUCCAGGCGAGGGAAAAUGUAAGCUGUGUCAUGACCACCCUUGCUCUACACCCCUUUAAGUGUUAGAUAAGUGAAGUAGGUAAUAAGUGGUCCCCCUCCCCAUGUUAGUAGUAGAGCAAGCAGGUACCUUGAGUAGGAAAUGGUGUUUCGACGGUGCUUCGUCUCUGUCCGUCACAAAGUGCAUCUCUUCUGUCCGUGCAACUUUCCACUUCCGUUCAUCAUUCCUUGCAAAAAAAAAUAAUACGUGGAACAUCUCUUCCUCGGAAUCGAUACCUUCUGCUGAAUCAAAUGCUUCCUGUCGAACUCGCCCUCCUUGAAUCAAAGCUGGCCUUUUGUAGGAGCUUAAGUAGAACUUCACAGCGAUUCCUACUGUAUGGGACUCCCCAUUUCCUUCCACAUCUGGGAAUUUGCCAAAUGAGGCCAUUUACCAAAUGGAUAAAUAAAAGUUUGUGACUUUUUUAAAGACUAGAGCAAUACAAGAGAUGCCAAUCGAGGAUCAGGGCCUUCAGAUGGAUUCCUCUCCCCUUCUCUUCGCCGAUUUCUUUAUCCUCUCCUCUUAAAAGUCCGGUUAAUAUUUUAAGUGUAUGAAUAAAAUACCUGUGGGUUCUUUUUUUCUAAACUGUAACACAGUGUUUUUGCUUCUUGUACCUGUUAAAAUCAGUUUCCAGAAAUAUUAAUGGAUUAGUAACUUUUUUCUUAAAAUAAAUUGUCUUAUUUGCUAGCA